AUGGCUGACAGCAAGGCCUACGAGGUCAACGAGAAGUCUGCCAAGGCCUUAUCAGAUGUCCGAGCCAAGGACGGGGGCAUCUACCGUAUCCAGACCGAGCACAGCGUCGUCCAGGGCCAUGUCGACAAUGCCGACCAGCUGCAAAGACACUUGGGUAACCGUCAGGUCCAGUUGAUCGCCAUUGGCGGUUCGAUUGGAACUGCCACCUUCGUCUCAAUUGCCAGUGGACUGGUCAAAGGCGGACCCGGAAGUCUGUUCCUCGCCUACGCCAUCUACACAUGUAUGCUUGGUCUUGUCAACAACGCCAUGGCAGAGAUGUCGUCUUUCAUGCCCGUCACUGGUGGCUUCAUCCGCAUGGCAGGCCAUUGGGUUGACCCAGCUAUGGGGUUUUGGGCUGGCUGGAACUUUUUCCUUUACGAGGCAAUUCUCAUCCCCUUCGAAAUCAGCGCGUUGAACCUGGUACUCAAAUUCUGGAGCGACGACAUUCCAGUCGCCGCAGUUGUCGCCGUCUGUAUCGUCUUGUACUUUGCCAUCAACGCGUUCGUUGUAAAGGCGUACGGAGAGGCUGAGUUCUGGCUUGCUCUUGGAAAGGUGCUUCUCAUCUUGAUCGUCUUCUCCUUCACCUUCAUCACUAUGGUCGGCGGAAACCCAAGGAAAGACGCCUACGGCUUUCGCUAUUGGAAAAACCCUGGUACUUUUGCCGAGUAUAAUACCACCGGUGAGCUUGGUCGAUUCGAGGGUUUUCUCGGCUGCCUGUGGAGCGCUGCCUUCACCGUUGUCGGUCCUGAGUAUUUGUCCAUGCUUUCUGGAGAGGUCAAGCUUCCCCGGACGUACCUCAAGAACGCCUAUAAGGUCACAUACGCUCGUUUUGCUUUCUUCUUCAUCGGUAGUGCGCUUUGCGUUGGUAUCGUCAUCCCCUACAACGAUUCGACUCUCCUGGAGAUCAUGUCUGGCGCGGCCGGUGGUGCCGGUACUGCCGCUGCCUCACCCUAUGUUAUCGCUAUGAAAAACCUGGGAGUCAGCGGUCUUCCCCACUUGACCAACGCCCUUCUGUGCACGUCCAUCUUCUCCGCCGGAAACGCUUACACUUACUACGGAACCCGUUCGCUGUACGGUCUUGCCCUUGAAGGCCAGGCGCCGAAAUUCCUGAAGAAGUGUACAAAGAAGGGUGUCCCGUUCUAUUGCCUGCUUGUCACCAUCUGCUUCCCCUUCCUCGGCUUCCUGAACGUCAACGCUGGAUCGGCAAAGGUGCUUACCUGGUUCACCAACAUCAUCACCGGUGCUCAGAUCAUCAACUACAUCGUUAUCUGCAUCACAUACCUCUUCUUCUACCGUGCUGUCAAAGCCCAGGGCGUUGAUCGCAAGGCUAUGCCUUACUACGGAUACUUCCAGCCCUACGGCACAUGGAUCAGCAUGAUCUUCUUGAUCCUCGUUCUUGGUUGCUACGGAUAUGGUACUUUCCUUCCCGGCAACUUCACCGUGGUUGGCCUCUUCACAUACUAUAUGAUGGUUUUCAUCGCUCCCGUGCUGUUCUUCGGCUGGAAACUCCUCAAGCGCACAAAGAUGGUUGAGCCGCAUGAGGCUGAUUUGGUCUGGGAGAAGGCAUACAUCGAUGCGUACGAGGCUUCGUUCGCUGAGGAAGCCAAGGGCUUUUGGCAGGAGAUUCUUGAGAUGCUCAUGUGCGGUAUGAAAGGUCGCAAGAAGGACAGCGAAUACGCCUAG